UAUUAUGUUUUUUUUUUCAAAAUUGAUUUGUUCAACUUUCCUACUGAUAUAGAGUUCAAAACAGUUCCAUAAAUGGCGGGCAUUCAAAUCCAUCGACGGAGGGUUUAAGCCGAGCCAAAAUGGCGGCAGAAGACGAUACAUCCAUGUGUGUCAAAAAUGAGAAUGUGGCGACUACGUCUGAGGAGGUGCCACCGCACUUGGAUUUUCUCUCGCCAGAUUUUGAUCCAUUGGAAGCACUUCAAACUGAGGGACUUCAGCCUCCUAAUGCUCGAGUACGACCUCUGGACAAUCUAAAUAGGUGUCGUCACAUUUUGCCACAGGAGGUUCCAGAAUCAGUAGUUAAUAUAUCUCCCAAGAGCAGAUCAGCAGAAUCAAUUGAAGCUCAGGAACGAGCUAAGGCUCGAACUUCCCUUCUCCUUGAAAAAGCAGCAGAAAAGGCUCGCCAAGUUAAGAUCUUUGACAUGCUUGCAGAAAAGGCUAAAGGUCCGUUAAGUUUUCUGUCUGUCUGCUAUAACGAAAAAGGCCGUGUUCAAGUUUGGACCCGACACACUCAUGGAAUAAGAGGAAACUUGAUUGGAUUUUUGCAUGCAUUUGACCGUCAUAUGAACAUGAUUUUGCAAGAUGUGGAAGAGGUAUAUACAGUUCGGCGACAUGUACCUCGACUUGUGAACAAACGAGGUCGUCGAUCAAAAAUUCCAAAAGAUGAGUCCAACAAUGAAUGUUCUUCUGGUGUGGUUGAGAAUUCAGAUUUGGUUACAAUUAAUGCGGAAGGUAAUGAAAAUUCAAGCAAAGCAAUAGAUGAGAUCACUGAAGGAUUGAAAGAGCUUCGUCUAUUCCCAAAGUUGGAGCAUAGGCGUCGACAUGUUGGUCAGGUUUUCUUGAGGGGUGACAGUGUUGUAAUGGUAAGACGCAUCCAAUAGCAUAUCAACUGUAUGGAAGAUUAAAAAGUUCUGAGUUUUCUUGAUCCAUGAAAUUAUUUUUGCUUAAAAUUGGUUAGGUUUUCUAGAUUUCUACAUCUCCAUCUUCCUUUAAAUUACCGUUAGAGUGCAUGCCAUGUUAUUGUGAUUAUAUGUCGAAAUUAUCUCAUUUGGCUUAUUGUAAAAUUGUUUUUCCUUACACAUAUAUAGAUAAAUAAUUUUCAAAGGAUUGCUAUGCCGUGUAAAUUUUCAUAGAAAGGGAUAGAAAUCAUCAGAUGCCAGAUCAAAUAUUUAUGGUAGGCUACAGCUCCAAUUAACAAAAGUUGAGACUAAAUCCAUUGGUAAUUUGUUUUAAGGAUUUUUAUCUGCUAUGGGCCAAGCAUUAAGGCUACGCUGUAAAAUAUUUCUUCUCUUUUCUGACAUUAACUAUAACUUUAAGCACCUUUAAAUAAACUCAUUUGGAGUUUCAAGAGCCCAGAAUAAUUCAUCUUGUUGGACAGGAGUGCAUUGUUCUACUCAAUUUCACGGAAUAUGAUUCAAUUUAUUAUUCACUCUGAAUUUGGGAAUAA